CGCGCGCAACUCGGCCAGCAGUGCGCCGCCUCGCGAUGCCUCGGCAGACAUUCAGUCUCGGCUCGGCGCUCACCUAGCACACAUCGGCUCAGCUCUCUGCGCUCGAAAGAGAAACGGAAGCGAGGAACUACCAUAAGGGUACACAGGACACUAGUGCGCAGGCGCAGAAACAACGUAUAUACGCGCGCGGGCGAAGGAGAAGCCACCGAGCGAGAGAGAGAGAGAGAGAGACAGUGUGUAUAAGGGCAAAAAUCAUUAUGCGCGGCGACGCGCGUCCGGCGUUGCUCGCCGCCGACAUCUCGUCGAGCGAGUGAAAGGGAUACCGAUAGUUCGGAUUCACGUAGUAAACACAGCGUAAGCCCAAGUAGUAACAGUCCCCGCGGGACGGACACGGCGACGCAGUGUGGCCACUACACCUAUAUAUACCUCCUACACGCACACGGACGAGAGAGAAGAGGAGUGUGCGGUACAAGUGCGCGAGCGAGUAAUGAGCGACUGAUCGCAUCGGUCCGCAGCACAGAGAAGCCCUCAAGAUGAGCUGCAGCGUCAAGAUAUCGACGGCAGGCAAGAGCUGGACCGGCUCGCAGAGGAGGAUCAACGCUCUGGUGGAGGAGAGCAGCGGCAGCCCAGGCAGCGGCGGCAUAGGUCAGAGCACUAGCUGCCCGAGUCUGAUGCACCAGGUGCCACAGCCACAGCAGAUACAGAUACAGAGGGUCCAGAUCUCAGCCACUCGGCCGGCCAAGGCUUCGAUCGCGGCAAAGAGAGGCGAGGACACGGGCAAACUCCUCAGGUACAUCGACGACAACGUCAUCGGCAAGAACGGCACCUUCCUCGGGCCCUUCGGACGCAGAAAAGUCGUCUACUGCGACUACACGGCGACAGGCAGAUCGCUGCAGUUUCUGGAGGACUACAUCGUCAAGGAAGUACUGCCUUAUCUCGGCGACACCCGGGCUUCCACGUCGAUAUGCAGCCUGCAGUCCUCGCUCUUCAGGCACGAGGCGAGGGACAUAGUCAGACACGCGGUUGGAGCAGGCGAACAGGAUGCGGUGCUGUUCACGGGCCAGGGCACUGCUGGAGCUCUGCGGACGCUUCUGCGUCACCUGGACCUCGCCACACCGACGACCGUCUUCGUCGGGCCCUACGAGCACCACGCGAACCUCAAGCCCUGGAGGGAGUACGGCGUUAGGCUGGUGCGGAUAGACGAGACCAGAGAAGGAUUCCUGGACCUGAACGACCUGGAGCGCAAGCUCAGCAAGGAGCGCACCGAGAAUCCAUCCUCGAGACUGGUCGGCUACUUCAGCGCAGCCAGCUGCAUAACCGGUGUCCUGGCCGACGACGUGGCCACGACGCUGCUGCUCCGACAACACGGAGCCCUCAGCAUCUGGGACUACACGUCCGCUGCCCCAUACGUCAAGAUGGAGAUGAACCCGCAUCUGCCGGGCGUCGGCGAGACGACGGUGCACAAGGACGCGAUCAUCUUCGCGGGACACAAAUUCAUAGGAGGUGCCCAGUCGCCCGGUGUUCUAGUGGCCAAGCGAUCGCUUCUUGGUGAGGACGUCAGCGCGGAGGACAUGAGGGACUCGCACAGGUAUCUGAGAGACCCGGAGGUCAGGGAUGAGAGCGGGACCGGUGGGGUCGUUGAGGCCAUUCGAUGCGGACUCGCCGUGCAGCUAAAGGAGAACCUCACGCACCAGGCCAUCGCCUCGCGACAGGAUAAGAUCUUGAGGCAAGUGCUAUCGCACGUGCGCACGAUACCCGAGCUCAUCCUGCUGGGCUACAGCUCGCAGAGCGUCAAGCGCCUGCCCACUUUCUCGUUUAUGGUGCGCCACCCUCGUGGCACCUACCUUCACCACAAUUUCGUCUGCGCCGUCCUCAACGACGUCUUCGGAGUCCAGGCGAGAGGCGGCUGCGCUUGUGCCGGUCGAUACGCCCACGAUCUCAUGGGCAUCGACGAGAAGCUCGCCAAGGAGUACGAGGCGCUUUUGCUUCAGAGUUGCCAGAACGGCGGCCGCGACGAGUCGAACGCCGAGACGCUGCGCCCGGGCUUCGCCCGCCUCACCUUCCCGUACUUCAUGUCCGAGGCGGAGGUGGCCUUCGUGCUCGAGGCUCUGAAGAUGGUGGCGACCGAGGGCUGGAAGCUCUUGCCGCAGUACGUUCUCAACCCUGAGACCGGCGAGUGGCGACACCACACCAACAGCGUCUUCAAAGACCGCCGCUGGCUCGGCUCGAUACGCUACACCGACGGCCGCAUGAGCGCUUCCGAGCGUCGCGUGUCCGGACCUGGCGUCUUCCCCCAGAGUCACGCCGACUGUCUGCAGACGGCCAGGAACAUAUUCAACAGAUCGAGAAAGAUGGCGCAGAGGUAUCCCAUGCAGAUCGACAGGAGUGUCUUCUUCGAUGAAAAGAGCGAGGCCUUGAGGUGGUUCAUGCUGCCGCACGAGGCGCAGGACCUGCUCCUGGGACACUCGCAGAACGUCAAGCAUCACGUGCCAUUCGAUCCGACGAGCUACAGGAUCGCGCUCCUCGAGGCGUCAUGCAGUCUGGGCAUUCGCAGGCUCAACAGCGACGUGCCUCGUACCGGCAACCCACCAGUCUCGCCGAACUCACCCCGUCAUCGAAGUCUACCAGCUCUCAGCUAUACGGCAGAACUUCGUAGAGCACGUAACAACGCGGCCAAGAACAGCGAGACCGACGACGAGGAGACUCAAAUCAGUGGGGUCGUUGGCCAGAAGUCACCAGCCACCUGUCCCGGAUCGCCGAUGCCCAGCAUCAGGUUCGCUGUCGGUGAGGCCGUCACCACUGCGGCUGCUGGUAUAUUGGGUUCGGGCUCCCCCACAGUGACCCGAUUGAUCAACGAUGAGCAGCAGUCGAGAACUGCUAGUACCAAUACUGGUACCAGCAGCACAGAUUCACCGUCGUUCGCGCGGGCGCGAUGCAACUCUCUGGGUAGUACAUCCAGCUGUCGGGCGAGAAGUGGUUCCGGAGGUGGUACCAGUUCGCCGGUGCCGAUUCCUCUCAGUCCUCAAACUCUCGCCAGUCUUGGCAUCGCUACAGCCAACUCGCAGAGCAGGCAUCGGCACUGCAGCUGCAGCAGCCAGACCGAGCUCAACGGAUCCCUCGAGUCCGAAGCGAAUGGCAGUCCUGGAAGAUCGGCUUCGUCGCUCGGACAUGUGCCAACUACUUCACCUGGCUCCAUCUCGUCUUCCUUCGAUUCGGCGAUGAACGUCAACCGUCUGGGCCGUUCUUCUCCCGUAUUGUCCUGUGCCAUGAGUCACAGCUCCGAGGACGACCUGCGCGCCUAUCUCAAAGAGGUCACCAAAGAGCUAGCCACCGAGAUCAAGUCCGAGAUCCGCGAGGUGAUCUCCAAGGUCGACGACGCUCUAUCAGAGAGCAGCGUUUCGGAGUCGAGUCUGCAUCAUGCACGACAUCAACAGCAACAGCAUCACGAUUCCUUCUCGGCUAGCGACAUUGCCGAGUACCUCAUGGAGUUUUCAAAGGAGAUGGCCAGCGAGGUCAAGUCCGAGAUCAGGUGCAUGGUCAACUCGGUCGACGGACUCCAUAGAUACUCUCCUGACGACAAGUCCUCCUCUGGCUGCCAGUCGCCAGCGGAGCGUCGUCGCAUGAUUCUGCCGACCCAGGCGGCGUCUCGUUCGCGCACACCGGUGCUUCCUGGCAGUAAAGUCAGCGAACUCUCGCAACACGACAGCAAGAUGUCCUCCGAGUGCUCUUCCGACGAGACCGUGAUCUACGUGGUCAAGCCCAGCCCGACGACAGACGCUCCGCGCGACAUCGUCGACAGCAAGACCACUACUGCGACAUCGACUAGCAACGGCAACAACACCGACGACGAGGACAGCGAGCACGAGAAAGCUCUGCCUAAGAUCUACUCCGCGGUGAACUCAGUCAGCUCGCAGGACAGCGGUAUCAACCUGUCCUUCCAUGACAGUGAUCGUUCGGUCGACGGCUCAGUGCCGGAGCUCGGACGGAGCAGCAGCGCCGAGUCCAACAGUAACGGCUGCUGCAUGCGCAGGCCCAGGUUCUCCAACGGCAGCGGGAACACCCUGACUAUGUGCAAGCAGAGCCGUACUACAACUAACGACGACUUAUCCGAAGACGAUGAGAUCUUUUUCUCAGCAUCGCAGCAGCAGCUCAGUAGCUCGGAGAACACCGACAACAGCGGAGAGGAGCAGCAGCAACAGCAGGUUGGUCCGAAUCAGUGGCACUGCCCGCCAAAGAACAUUUGGAAGCCGACGGUCGAAGCCAUGCAGGAGUUCGAAAUGAUCAAGGACAGCGAUCGAGUGCUGCUUUGCUUGGCGCCUAAUGGAAGAAGCUCGCUCAUGCUUCUCCACACACUGCAUCAGUACAGAUUCUACGCGAGGUCCAAGGGUGUGGACUUCGAGAUUGGAGUGGCCAGCGUGGCUCUGGACAGCCAGGAUCCGCUCGAGUCGAUGGCCUACUUGAAGGCCCUCAAUGUCCCCUAUUUCUACGAAGAACCCACGGUGGCCAAGGCGCAGACCGAUGACGAAGCUCAGAGCGUAGCGAAGACAACGGGGCCUUGCACGAGCUUCUGCGAAAAGUCGACGAGAGCUAAGCUAUACGCGUUGGCCAAGAAGAACAACUAUAACGUCCUAGCGUUGGGACAAAAUUUGGAUGACCUCACCGAGGGAUUCCUCGGCUCGGUAUUCAACAACGGAAAGCUCAGGACUAUGAAGGCGCACUACUACAUCCGGGAACAGGCGCUCAGGGUCAUCCGACCCUUCGUCUACGUGAGGGAGAAGGCGCUACGGCAGUUCGUCGAGAGCAGAAAGCUCCCUAUCGUCAAGGAUGUGCCCGAGGCUUCCCAAGAGACUCUCCAGAAGACCGAGCUGAUAAGUCGACACGAGCUUUCUUACCCACGACUCUACUGGUCGUUACGUUCAGCUCUUCGUCCCCUGAUAUCGGCUCAGAGCUUGGGUGCAGAUAACGAGCCACCCCAGCAGAAACGUCAGCAGCACAGGCGACCGCGUACCAACUCGUUCAGCGCGGUGCCAUUGGUCACCUCCUCGUCCGCCACGUCGUUCAGCUCGACCUCUUCGUCGACUUCACAGCAGCAGAGAACGGAUGACAGCGAUGAGACCGACGAGGAGCCCGUCUUGUGAAAGUCAUCGAGCGAGGUCGACUGGACCUCGAAGCGCAGAAGUCUCUUCGCGGCCAAGCGGCUCGGACAUGCCGUACGACAGAAUUAAGGUGCGACGCACAUUCCGCGUUAUACACGAUGAAUCGACAGGACGAGUGGAAAGAAUCUCGUGGGGGAAGUAUUUUUUUUUUUAUUUUUUUUUUAAGAUGAGGAGGAUUCCUAGAUAAGUCGUUAAAAACGUAUAGAUAAAAAAAAACAAUUGUGAAUAAUGUGAGAGAGUGGUUAUUAAACUCAAUAAUAAACUUUGAGUGCGUUUCUUUGCGAUGAUUAUUAGAAGACAUGUGGGGAAACGAGCGAAUCCUGCAUGUAUUACUCUUGUAAGAAAAUUUGAAAAUACCGAGAAAACUUAAAAGAAUCGUCUGACAAAAAUUCGUAAUGUGCCACCGAGUGAUAUUUCUUUCAUUGUAAAUUUUCAUUAGCCAUGUUCUUUUUUGUAUUUUUCUAUAUACACAAACGUAAUCGCUAUUUCGAGCGUUUCGAGGCUGGAAUCAUGGAGUGCGAGAAGAAUGAAGCACUUGCUUGCGAAAUCUUUUUCGAAUGUUUGUUCCUAUGUCUAUUCUCUUCUUUUGUUUAUCAUUUAGUUGUUAUAAUGUACGAGAAACGUUUUAUACAUUUGUUAUUGGUAUGUGAUGCGAUGCUCCUAUUAUGAAGUACGAGAACAUGACAACACUGCCUGGCUUGUGCGGUGUGUGGGAGUUUUUUCAUGAAUGCUUUUUCCAUCAUGGAAAAUGAUUGAUUAUAUUGAUGAUUUUGUCAAAAUUGAUUUUUUUCAGUCUUUCUUGAAAGGUGCGGCUAUAACCCCGACGGUCUUUUAUUACUUAUAAUAUUCGAGAGCACAUCGAAGUAAUGUCAGCAUUUCUUGACAGAGACAUAUAUGUGUUGUUUUUUAAUGUAAAAGGUUUGUGAUAUGAGUGAAAAAAAUAUAGAAUGAAAACUCUGGUCUGAAUUCCUUUUACAGUAGAGUUGGCAGCAAUAAUCUGUCUCAGAGGCCUUUGCGUUUUUAAGAGAGGGAGUGCUUUGAAAAAGGAAAAGACGCGUAUAGCCUUUAUCUUGAAAAGGCUAUACAUUUUUUAUAAGUCGAGUCCACGAUCGCGUUGAAAGAACCAAGUCAUCAGAGAGAUAUUUACUCGAGACUCUGUGGUUCUAAUUUGGCGAUCGUUAAAAGCUAUAAAUGCUUUUAAACGAUGUAAACAAGAAUCGACGAGAUUGACAGCUUAUCGCUUUUAAAGCUAAGAAAAAUUUUUUUGAUCGGCUAGUCAACCGCAAGCAUCAGCAUUUUACAGCUCGAUUCGUCUCAAAGUCGUGCUCUUUAUGGCGGUCAUGAUAAAGCGGCGACCUUCUGUCGUAAUCGAGAAUGAAGAACAUUGCGCAGUUGCUAUUUAGCGGAAACACUGAACUAGAAAAAGCAUACUUUUCUCCGAUUUCCUUGUAAAUAACGACUUCUUUUCUCGAGAAACAAGAGAUAACAUUGUAAAUGUCGGAUGUUAAAACGACACGAACGUUUGGUUUUUGGUGGUUAUGUAGAGUAAAGUAAAAACAGUAUUCAAGAUAUCUGCGACGAUGUCCCGUGUAUGAAACAUGAUUUUAAUAAAUGACAAGUCUAUUUCCGCUGCAGGGCUUACACGACCAGACUUGGAAGUCUGUCGAUAAACUAAUUAAUUGAUAUAAAGUGUAAAUAUUUGAUAAAUGGUGCUUGGAGGCAUGGACAAAUUAAAAGUGUACUCUGGCGCGCGUUCAGUCUUCGUGUCGUCGAUCGGAUGUAUAAUGUAUUCGAUUUGAGUAGCUGUGUCAUUGCAGCGUCAAGCAACGGAACUCAAAUUUGUUCGUGGUCGACUCGCGACGUUAAUGAAAUAAUGCACGCAUAGUAUGUUGGUGCAAAGCGCAUUUGAAUCGACGGCACACACGCGUCUCUUCGUUCUUUCAUUUCGUUUGAGUUAUUGUGCUCUGCGGCUGUGUAUCGGCGUUAUGUAUAAUAUAUUAGAUGAAGCCUCGCGCAAAUUAAUAAUAUUAUUAUAAAUUUAUUUGUUUGUUCUGAUCUUGAUCGUAAAUAAACGAAUUGGUGAGAGAAUGGACAAACGCUAGUGCGAACGAAGAGCGAGUGCUACGGUACAUAGUUUGUUAAUGACAUUUCGUAUAAAUAUAUCUAUAUUUAGGAUUUGAAAUGUAUUGUUUACUUUACGGAUAUAUAGUGUUUCAAUGCCAUGAUCAUGAUUUACUUUUUAUUUUAUUUUACAUGUUAUUUAAGGCGGCAAAGUAAAUACAGAGUUCUUGUAAUACUUUAUCUGUUUUCGCUGUUAUGGUAAGACUAUAUUGUGUCUUAUAUACGUGAAUGAAUCGAUUUAUUCAAGUAUUGUGAAGGAAAUUUCGUGACAAGCAUGGAAUAACGUUUUAUUGAAAAAAGAUGGGCAAAAUUUCAAAGAACUGAUGGUAACUCAAAAGACCAAGCAUGAUCUAAGAAAAAGGGAUCAUGUCAUUAUUAUACAAUGAAGAAAACUUAGACAUGUCCACAACGAAUUUUCUUCCACGUACUUUAUUGUUAAAAAAUAAAAAUCAAGAAUACAUAAUUAUUCUGAUGAAGUAGGCAGAGGAGCGCAUAUAUAGUAGUAAUUUAUAAUCGUAAACGUUGUUCCACUUACCUGCUUUCCAAAUGGGCCACGCGACUUUUUACAUAAAAAAUGUGUAUACAUUGAAAAAAAUGCAAAAAAUAACAAUUUAAUCAAACGUAGAUAUACAGAGAUGCGGUGUAUUUUUGCGCGACUCGCUGCGCUGGACGGUCGAACGAAGGGGACCCCGAAACACGUGAAAAAGACUAAGCCUUCGAGUAAUUAAGACGAUGAUUAGGAACUGUAUAUUGUAUAUGUUAUAUUAAUAAUUAAAUGUAAGUAUAUAAAUUAAAUUAAUUGAUCCAAUUGUGAUUAUUGAAACGCUUUUAAGCUCUACUUCGUUGGAUCGUCGGUGCGCGGCGAGUUUGUUUGUGUCGGAUGAUGUAAAACUAAAUAAAGAAUCACUUACGAAUUA